UUUACUUUGUAGAUCAGAUUAUUAGAUAUCGAAUUCUUUAAUGUGCAGUAUGACUCAAAAUGAACCAUAAAGGUUCAUCAUGGCGGUAAACACAGCAGCAGUCAGCGACUUCGAUAUCCAAGAUGCGUUUGAUUCUUUAGUGUUAUCUGAAGAUAAUUUUGUGAACAAAGCUUAUAAAGAAGGACUGGUUCACGGAGAAACAGUUGGAUUUCAAGAAGGCUUUGAUCUCGGCAAUCAGAAAGGUGCCGAAAUCGGCUCGGAAAUUUUUUACUACCGUGGGUUUGCUAAGGGUUGGAUAGCCUUAUUGUCAGAGAACGAGUGCGAUUUUACACAAACUUUACAUCACCUGUUGGAGUUGUGCCCAAAUUCAUUAAACCCUGAAUUUGUUGAUGAAGUCAAUCAGAGCAGGCUAAGAGAACAGCAAGGAAAAACUAAUCCAAAAUCUGUCAAAGCACUGAAAAAGUUGCUGAAGUUGUUGGACUGUUUUCCACAAGACAAUCCAAAAAGUCAAGAUAUUAUUGCUUUACUGCAAGAGAUACGAGCCAAAUUCAAACACUGCUGUGCCAUCCUUAAAGUUGAUGCAAGUUACUCUGCUAAAGGUCAAUUCAAUUUUUGAACCCACAUUAUUAAAAUGGAGACAAGACAUGCAACUAUUCGAAGUGCCUUGGAAAAGCUAUCAUCAUUUCUGGAAUCAUUUCUUCCAAUUCUCAAUACACAUAUGGUCCACUUCUA